GUGAGUUCAUUGACCCCGUGUUAAAUAUUCAUCUGUUUAGAUGUGCGGCAGGCACUCAGUGUUCACAUAUGGAGGCCUGACACCUCCGACACACGCUGAGAGCGCAGCAGCUCGUCCCGCUGAUCCCUCGCUCCCUCGCUAGCAGGCUUGUGUUCGGCUAGAUCGCGUACGAGGAGGCCGACAGAAAUACAAGAGGAGAAUGGAUGCAGGAAACACAGCCUACCUGGGGCUCACACUGCCACCGCCAGCCAAAAAACCCUUGACGAAGAUCGUGUCCCAUCUGCUGGUAGCGGAGCCGGAGAAGAUCUAUGCCAUGCCGGACCCCAGCAUGCCCGAGAGCGACGUCAAAGCGCUGACCACACUGUGUGACCUGGCCGACCGCGAGCUGGUGGUCAUCAUCGGCUGGGCCAAACACAUCCCAGGUUUCUCCAGCUUGUCUCUGGGAGACCAGAUGAGUCUACUGCAGAGCGCAUGGAUGGAGAUCCUGAUCCUGAGCAUCGUCUUCCGCUCGCUGCCCUACGAGGACGAGCUGGUGUAUGCGGAGGACUACGUGAUGGACGAGGAGCACUCGCGGCUCACGGGCCUGCUGGACCUCUACGUGUCCAUCCUACAGCUCGUGCGCAAGUACAAGAAGCUCAAGGUGGAGAAGGAGGAGUUCGUCACGCUGAAGGCCAUCGCACUCGCCAACUCAGACUCUAUGCACAUAGAGGACGUGGAGUCGGUGCAGAAGCUCCAGGACGCCCUUCACGAAGCGCUGCAGGACUACGAGAGCUGUCAGCACACAGAAGACCCUCAGCGGGCGGGGAAGUGCCUAAUUGUAGUCGGUGGGUGGAGGGGACGAAGGAUUUACGAUGCGUGGCAGAAGUCCAGGACGCUCCAUGUUCAAACGCUCAGAUGCCCGUAUGUCAAACGGCCUAUUUUGGGCUUGUUAAGCCACCGGCAGAGGAAACGAGGUGCCCGUCAUCAUCUGCUUGGACCCUGCCAGGACUUUUAUAGCCAUGUAUCUGAAUGA